AUGGUUCAUAAAAAGAAUAAAAGAUAUAUUCAAUCCACACCAUCUGCAACUUCAGCAUCAGCUAAUGAGACUCAGUCCAAAAGUGUAACAGAACGGAUACAGAAUUAUGAGAACUUAUUCGUCAAGCUCAAAAAUCAAAGCAAUGUUCCAAGAGAAAAAGCAUAUCACGCCUUAAUUAGAGAACUCUUUAGUAUGAAGGCAUUUCGUGAUGCAUCCAUGAUCUUAGUUCUGAGAGAAGGCAAACCAUCUAUUAUGUAUAAAGAAGUACCAUACUAUAGUAUAGACGCUUUUCUCACGUAUUUAGAGUUAGCAUCAAGAAAUCCACCAAGAAAUCUGAAUCCCAACGAACGUCGUCCGUUCUCUAUUAGAGACAAACCUUAUGAUGAGUUGAAACUUCUAUAUUCUUCAGUUUGGAACCUUUUAAACUUUCUAAAAUUCCGUUAUAAAGAAGAAAAUUGGACAGCGAAUAAACAGAAGGAACACAAUUGUUAUGUUAUGACCUUGGGCAUGAUAGCAGGCACUGGAUUAAGCGAAAUACGACCUAUGGCAAUUUCAGCUCUGAAUACCUUUACAGAUGAGGCAAAUACUAAAGAAGUAAAUGACUUCUGGCAAGACGUUGAAAAAGAGAGAAAUAUCAAGGAAUACGAAACUAUUAUCGAAAAUUUGGAUUUAAUAAUCUCAAAUCACUUAGAUGGCAUUCACCGUGGAACGUAUAAUGAUUACGUUAGAGAAGUGGGAGAACGGCGCAGGCAGGUCAUGAAGCGCACUUCCGAAAAUUGUGAAGAUAUGAAUAAUUUGGAACAAGUCAAGCGAACAUCAAAAAAAAAUACGAUCCCAAAAAAGCGUGCUAAUUAUACCACGGCCAAAAGCACCAAGAAAAUGAAAGUCACCAAUGGUCCCUCCGUGUCUUCUUCCUCUACAAGUGAACACGACACUGAAACUAUCUCAGAAGAGAGCGAGCUAGAAUCUAUUGAUGCAGAAGAGGAAAUCAGAAAACUUACUCAGAUAUUCGGAAUAAGUUGCUCAAAAUCUUGGUUGCACGCCAAGAAAAAGACAAAGUCCGGAAAAGAUUAUAUGACGUCAAUCCAUCUCAACGGAAUAUUAGAUUUCUCUGAAGACGUGAUGCAUGAGAAGGUAAAAAAGUCUUUGGACAUUAGUCAAUUUACUUGGCUUGAAGAAGUUCUUCGAAGAAAGACUUGGAACCCGAUUCCCGAAUUUUCACAGUAUAUUAACCAAUUUACCGAGGAUGAAUGUACCCGAGCUAAAAUUCCAACAAUCGUUCGCAAGUCCUGUAUUAUCGGAAGGUUUGAUCCUAUCUACUAUGAGGCACAUGAUGUUACCCAACAAAUACUAACACACUUUCUUACAACUACGAGUAGCUCCGUUCGCCUGGAACCAAUUAGGGUUGAAUCAAAAAACCUUGAUCUUGAGAGAACGUAUGCUAUAGAUACUACCGUGUACAUUUUAAAUCGACUGUUCAGAAUGCAUCAGGAUGUGUUGGAUGUCGGAUGGAUCGAGUUAACCACUCCUGACACAAAAAAACACAAGAUUGACGGAAUUUUCAAGGUAAUUAAGACAACGAAGAAAAGUCAAGCGAUUAUUAUUGUAGAGUUUUCAUUCGCUAGAAAGGCACCUGAAACAAAAGAAGAUGGUGACCAAGUCAAAUUAUGUCGAAAUUCCAUGCGAAUUUUGAAUAAGAUAUUAUUACAAGGUGUGCCUAAGGAUAAAGCACGUGUCUAUUUAAUACAAGCUGUCAAUGGCGACAUCAUCAUUAAGUAUUUAGUUCGACCUUUACCGUCAAUAUACAUACUUCAGCAAUUUAUACGUAUGAAAAUACCUGUGUCAUUUGACGACUUUGAGCAGUUUGCGAAAGAUAUGGUGGACUUGAUGAGUUGGCAGGCAGAUGUCCUGUCAACUAUUAAAGGAAUAAAUAAACCCACAACUAAAUAUAAACAUAUUCACACAACAACAGUACAGGAUACACCGGUAAAGGUAAAGAAAGCGGAAGAACAAAAGCCUUCGUCUCCGUGUCCCGGUGGAUCACCUUCAGAACUACCACCAUUAAUUUAA